GAACUGAAUAUUUAGUUCUACACACUCUUAGGCCUGUAUAUUUUUUGGUGACAACCAUUUCUUCAUCGAAUUGCGAGCUACAAUAUUAAUUACUAGUCGCAGUUUUAAAUUCUAGAGUUUAUUUUUGUUGGUUACUCUACCAAAUUUUUAGAAUGAGCAACACGGGUCGCUUUGAAUCCGGAAGAUAGAAGGCAUGAACGAGUUCUCUCAGGUUAGCCCAUCGAUUUGGCGAACAAAUUAGACGACUAGUAAAGAGAGUAAUUCGAAUCUUAAAGGAGAUCAUGAUAAUCUCCGUGGCGAUUGUGGGUCUGCAGAACAAUCCUGUUUACAUACAAAGUUUUAGUGAGGGGGACGAUGCGCUGAAGCUGCACUAUAUUGUUCAUUGUUCUCUCGAUGUCAUUGACGAAAGAGUGAAUAAUCCGAAGAAAAGUGGGCCAACUUUGAACGAAACAUUUCUUGGACUUCUUUAUCCAACUGAGAAUUAUAAAGUGUAUGGGUAUUUGACAAACACCAAAGUUAAGUUCAUUGUCGUGACAACAGACCAGGACUUGAGAGAUGCAGAUGUUAGGAGUUUCUUCCGCCGGUUUCAUGCAGCAUAUGUGGAUGCUGUUUCAAAUCCUUUCCAUGUGCCAGGAAAGAGAAUCACCUCAGCUGCUUUUGCUGAUAGAGUUAGGACAAUUGUGAAAUCAUUUGGGUCAGGCACAGCAAUGUAGGCUGCUUUGUUUAUCCUAUUUGUGCUAUAUUCCAAUCCAGAUGAAUACUUAAGGAGUUCCAAGUUUGUGGAACAGAAGCUUUUACAGUGUUCAAUAUAUUUUUCAUUGAUGAAGACUACUUGUAUUUUUAAACGGUAAGAGAGAUAUGCUUUGAAGUCAGGAAUAUGUUUUUAUUUAUGGAUAGUGUUGAGCUAAGUACUCGCUUGUAACUAACAAGUAGUUUCUUGAGAUC